AUGUCUUCCGAUCGUGUCCAACCCAGCGAUACCCCCAGCAAGACCUCGUCUUCAAUGGUCGAACCCCCAGCUGAACGGUAUGCCAAAUUCGCUAACAUGUCAGCAGUCCACCCGGUGCAGACGGAGGCGGCAAUACAGACGGAAGCGGAGAACGCGGAAGACGAAGAGCAACAAUUCCACUCCGCCCCUUCAUCCCCCAUGCUCCCAGCCCGCCCCGACAACGACGAACCCCUCCACGGUUUCCACCGCGCCAACUCCACCCUCGAUACCCUCCUCUCCCUCCGAAAGCACCAGAAAGACUCCAAUGCUGCUGCUCGUCUGGCGGCUCUCGAAGCCGAGGUGGAAAAGUACCGUUUUCGUGCCGAAGGGGCGAGGGAUCUGGGCUGGAGGAUACGGGACAUGAUGGAACGGAGGGGCCGCGCUGAGCGGGAGGGUGAGGAAAAGAAGGAAAACGAUUCGUAA